AUGAUGCUCAAGAAUUUCAUCUUCUACGGAUUCUCCAUGUUCAUCAACACAUGGGCCGCCGUUUCCGGUCCCGGCGCCGUCUUCCGCACAUUCGGUAUUGUGACAAUCGCGCUUUUGGCUACCUGUAUUCCAAUGUAUAUCCUAGGCAAGGCCAAUCGCAGGUUCAUGCACGGCAUUUAUCGUAAAUACAGAAUCUUCCGAGUCAUGGAUUAA